AGUAAGGGUAUAUAGACAGAGACCUUGUAAGAAGUUAUCAGAAGAACAAAAACCAAAUACACAAAAAUUAUUGAAGUGAAAAGCAAAAUAAUAACAAUAAAACUAAGAAGAAGAAGAAGAAAGCAUGGCUUCUAGUAGGGAGAGAAGAAGGGAGGCUCUUCAACAAAAGUUGAAUCAACUCCGAGAUGUUACAAAUUCUAGUGGUGUGAACAAAGCUUCAAUUAUUGUGGACGCAUCCAGAUACAUAGAGGAGUUGAAGCAAAAAGUGGAGGGACUGAAUUCCGAGCUUGUAAUCACUGAAACAUCUUCGUCAACCUCUCAAAUUGAUGAUGAACUACCUAUGGUGACUGUGGAAACCCUAGAAAAAGGUUUCCACAUUAACGUGUAUUCAGAGAAGAAUUGCCCUGGUAUGUUGGUCUCAAUACUAAAAGCAUUUGAAGAGCUUGGACUUGAUGUUCUUGAUGCUAGGGUUUCUUGUGAAGACACUUUCCAGCUUCAAGCAGUGGGUGGAGAAAGUCAAAAGAACAAUGAUACUAUUGACGCACAAGUGGUGAAGCAAGCAGUGUUGCAAGCAAUCAACAAAAGUAAUUACUAAAUAAUAAUUAAAUGUAAUAGUAUUGGAAGCACAUAGAAAAAAUUAAUAAAAAGCUUUGUUUUUUAAAUAUAUAUAUAGUAGUAUAGUACCUUUUUUAAUCUUUAUUAAUGAUUAAAGUAUUUGUUAGUCUCUA